CCAUUUUUUCGACAUCCCACCUCUAGGCGGCAAUCACUCCGGAAGUUAACCAAUUCCGGUCACGUCACCAGUGUCAACAAGGAAGUGCCGCUUUGCUUUGAAUUCAAGGCGCUAACUUUAGAACUACAAACUAAACAUUCUCGGGGAUGCCCUCUUCGGGACCGGUCCGGUUCGGUCGAAAGCGCGCCCUUCCGCCCUGUCCGAACCCACUCUUCCUCCAGUGGCUCACGGAGCUCCGCGAUGAGGCCAAAGAGAAAGGCCUGAAGAUCCAGUACACCUACCAGAAGGCUAUUAACUCCUUGAACAAAUACCCCCUCCCGUUGCAAAACGCCAGAGAGGCGAAGAUUCUUCAGAACUUUGGAGACGGCAUCUGCAGAGUCCUGGAGGAGAAGCUGCAGCGUUACUACAGAGAGGAAGGUACCAAAGCUCCCAUUCACUGCAGCUCCACGGCAGCGCCCCCUCCUGGUACAGCAGAGAGCAACAGCAGGCUGGCUCCUUCCAAAAAGAAGAACAGCGACGAAGAUGGAGGCAGGCAGAGAGGAGGAGGAGGAGCGAGGAGGAAGAGGGAGUACGUUCCCCAGAGGAGGUCUGGAGGCCACGCCGUCCUGCUGGCCCUGUACCGACAGUCGCAGAUCCCGGGCGGCAGAUCCUUCAUGAUGAAGAUGGAGCUGCAGGCGGAGGCUCAGCCUCUCUGUGACAAGUCCUUCACGGUGCCCGACCCGGGCAGCAAAUACACUGCCUGGUCCUCGGUCGGCACCCUGAUCCAGAAGAACCUGCUCCUGAAGACUCACAGUCCGGCACGGUACUCGCUCACAGACGAAGGGCUGGCGCUGGCCCGACGGCUGGCCGCCGUGGAGGAGGAGGCGGGGCCAGGGGGUGGUGGAGAAGACGGGAGGAGCGAGGAGGAGGACCACCGCGCCGGAGUGGUGGAUCUCACAGAGAGCGACGAAGACGAGAGCGUCACUCAGAGCGAAGACGUCGGUUCCUCAUCAGCAGAGCCUCAAGAUUCUAGAACUACAAGCAGAACCGCAGACGUUCUCGCUCCUGGAUCGUACGAGAUCCUCCUGUGCGUGGACUUCAUCGAGACCACGGGCGGGAGCCAGCACCGGAAGCAGGAGCUGGUGAAGGAGCUGCAGAGGAACGGCGUCCACUUCGACGUCAGGAAGCUGAACGUGGGAGACUUCCUGUGGGUGGCGCGGGAAAAGAUGGCUCCCGUUCCAGGUCAGCUGCGAGCGCCAGCAGGCCGCGAGCUCGUGCUGGAUUACAUAAUCGAGAGGAAGAGGAUGGACGACCUCUGCGGCAGCAUCAUCGACGGGCGCUUCCGCGAGCAGAAGUUUCGUCUGAAGAGGUGUGGCCUCCGCAAGCCCAUCUAUUUAGUGGAGGGGGGCACGGCCGCCGCCUCCCACCUGAGCUUACCUGAAGCCACGCUGCAGCAGGCCAUAGUGAACACACAGGUGGUGGACGGCUUCUUUGUGAAGAGAGUUCAGGAUGUAAGGGAGUCGGCGGCUUACCUGACCGUCAUGACCAGACACCUGGCCAAACUCUACCAGCGCUCCAGAGAGCAGGAAGGGGACGCGGCGACAGACGAGGACGCCACGGCGUCCUGCUCCCUCAUUUCCUUUGCAGAGUUCAACCACGGAGCCGUGAAGAACAAGUGUCAAACGGUGAGGGAGGUGUUCGCCAGACAGUUGAUGCAGAUCAGCGGGUUGUCAGGAGACAAGGCAGCUGCCAUACUGCAGCACUACAGCACCCCCUACAGUUUACUGAGCGCCUACGAUCGCUGUUCCAGCGAAGCCGAGAAAGAGAAGCUCCUGUCCUGCAUCCGAUACGGGAAACUCCAAAGAAACUUGGGUCCAGCUCUCAGCAGAACGGUUUACCAGCUGUAUUGCAGUCAGGGAGCUCUUUCCUGACAACAGCACUCAUCAUCUGCUCCACCUGGAUUCACCUAUGUCCCACAGACUUCAGCUUCCUUUGCUGUUUCAGUUUGAAUUUACAGUGAUGAACUUUUCAUAAAUGCUGCUAUUUAUAACAAAUCUACAUCCUUUAAACUUGCAUCAACCUUUUUUUAAGAACGUGCCCCAAUAAUGAAGCAAUAAAGUUUCCUUUGUGCUAAAGUCA